UUCCCGAUUUUUGCGCGGCGCACCAUAGUUGCUUGCUAGUAGAGAGACGUCACAUUUCAAGUUUCCCCGCGAACUUGUAUCACACGCACUUCCAUGGCUUGCUCAGGUUGUGACGUCAUCUGCAUAGGCAGUGCUCUCCAUGGGUGAUGCCGCAGCAUUGUGAAGCCAAUCCCUCACGAUGCCGAAAUCUUUUAUUUACUCUGUGCGGAAUUAUGGAUCAAGAAAGCAAUUAGAUGAUGACAAUCAAGAUAAGUCCAAUGAUCUAGAAGACAUGAUGGGACCCACUAAAAUGGCAACUCGCUCAAAGACAAAGCCAGGUGGGAAAUCCUUACAUGACUACCUGUUACCAUGGCAACUGCCUUUGAAAAUCCCUGGUUCUACAAGAAACAAUGUGGUUGUCAAGCGUAGAGAAACCAAGUCCCGGUCAUAUCAUCACCUCAGUCUAGUCACUCGUUUCUACUUAGGCAUGAGAAUGUCAAGAAUUCGCUCAACAAAGCACGGGCCAAGAACAAUCCCAGUCAACCACAAUCACGACUGUUCACAUAGAUCCCACCACCUGCCUAGGAAUCUGCACCACAGACAUGAUAAACAAAGCCACUGCCCAGUGGAUGGACUGAGGCUCAACUCAAACACAAGUGACACUGUUGUGACAAGAAGUCAGUCUGAGUUAUCUGCCCUAGCAAACUCUAAAGAAAAUACCAGAAAGCAAGUUGGCACAAAGCAAAAUAUUUCACCAAGUACUAAAAAAAGUCUUACAAAAGAAAUGGAAAAUGAGGAAUCAAAAAACCAAAAGCUAAGACAGAUUCACAAGAAAGAACCAAUUCAGUCACAUACUAGUCAACCACAGCACUGUGUAGUAAAUCAAUCAAACACAAAGAAAGAGAGAAAAAUUAUUAUAAGGAGAACAAACUCUGAUUUUAGCAUUCACACGGAUUCAAUCAUCAAGUGCAGAAAUUUGCAAUCAGAAAUUUCUAGAAUUCAGAAUUUAAACUCAAAAGAAAACAGCAAUGAUACAACAAUUGGGAACACAACCUGUAAGGCUAGUGUGAAUCAGUGUGAUACAGACCAAAGAACUGGCUCUAAUCCUACAGAACAGGCUCAUUGUGAUGCUUCCCCAGGUAGGACAAAAGUAGGAAAUGAUGUGGUCCCUAAACUAUCAUCUGAUGUUCAACAAAGUCCAAAUACAGAUGUUCAAACCAUCUCAAGCAUCUCAGCCACCACACAGCAUCCAAACUCUACCCCAGCCUCAAACCAACAAGAGCUUUACAAAUGUGCCUCAAACCAACAAGAGCUUUACAAAUUUGCCUCAAACCAACAAGAGCUUCACAAAUUGUCUACAAGAAAACAAGGGACUGAAACUGAUCAGAAUAAUCUUGGUCAACUACACACUGCAGGACAGGUGUACAAGGACAUGGCUCAAGGGUUUGGUGUAUCAAAUAAUUUGAACGUUGUCUUAAAGCAAAGUCUGGAUACUAAUAAAGAAAAUAUGGAGACAGGUACUCCAAAUGAUGAAACCCUGGGGAAAAAUAAUAACUUCAUCAGCCAACAUCAGUUACAACAUUUUUUAUCCCACACAGAAGACUCAUUAAAACUGACAAAUCAGUUUUCUAAAAAGUUAAAGAUUAACUUACACAAUAAAAAGAUGGUUUUGACUCAGGGAGAUUUAAUGAAUGCUGCUGAUUGUCUGAACUCCACAAAAGAUGAAAGUUCUACUUAUUCCAAACAGAUGAUUGAAAACCUUGAAUUUUUGCAACAAAACAAAGAAAAUAUUGAUACAACUAGCAAGGUGAAGGCUGGUCAACAUCUGGUGACUAGUGUCAUCAAAGAAGUGAAGUCUAGGCUGCCAAAGCUGAAACCAACCACUCCUGGCAUCUUGCCAUUUAAUGCGGCAUUUGGACAGUUGCGGGUGGCAACUUUUGGCACCAACACGCCUGUGUUUGUAACCACUGGACCAUUGCAGUCCAUGGGUGAAGAGAAGAAAAACAUCUUGUUUAUUGAUAGUAAUCCUGCUUUAUCUGUGGGGAAUGAGAUGAAUGAUACCUCAGGUCAGCUUUCACACCAAACUAGCUCCUUUAUAAUAAACAGCUACAAAGGUCAAACUACGUUCACUAAAACAUCAAAUGUUAGCACCACACCCGGGACAGCUAAAUGCCUUUAUGUGGCACAACAUGGCCACCAGUUUAAUACUGAACCCAGUCCUUCAGCAUCAAAAGCAGGUGACCUCACAGACCCAAGCAAACAUUUAUACACAGCCAUGCCUGCAUAUGAUGAGCUAAAGCUUGCCCCCAGCAGCUGUGGUACAUCUACACAAGAAUCUUUACCACAGUUCAAACAAAGGCUUGUCAGUCAAAUGGCAGAGAGCAGUUCCAGACCAAACAGUAUAGCUCAGCUCUUCAAGAUGUGUCACAGUGCUCCUCCAGCAUUCAUGCAAGCUCAGGCACCCAAUAAAUUUCCAAUCUUCAGAAAAAAUCUGGCCACUUCAGCCAUGUCUCAAAUCAACUUUAACCAAACAAGUGAGAACAGGAAAGGGACGAAGCAAACAACAGCAACCCCACUACCAACAGCCAACGAGAGAAGUCAAACGACCCAGGGUAGCUGUCCCCAGGCAAAAAAUGUCUUUCUCUCUCCUCCUGGGUUUAUGGACUAUACACACCUAAAGGCUCCAGUUCCAGAUUUCCAGAAUGGUGUUCAGAUGGUUUCAAAUGAUCUAAGAUGCACUCUUAAUUUACAAAUAGCUUUCCUCAGUCGCCCUCUCAUCAAGACUUCAGACAAUUCAACUGCUGCAUUGUUACAGUUAGAGAAUGUUGACAGUGGGGUGAAUAUUUUUAAACCUAGCAGCUUGCAAAUCCCAGGAUUUGGUCCCAUAGAGUCCCACAACCUCCACAACAAAGGUCUCAUUUUCCCCACACCAGCGGCUGAUUUACUCAGCAAUGUGGCCCAUUCUCCCCCACUCUUCCUGCAGGGCAUGGAGAAAGGAAAAACUUUACCUCAUUUAUCCAGUCCGAAAGAAUCCUUCAAUUCAAGACUAGAUUUGCAAGGUAUGUUAAUGAAUGCACCAGCACAGGAGUUGGUACCAGCUGAGGGUAAGGUGAACAUGUUUAGUAAGGACCACAGGUAUGACAAACCAAAGUCAAAGGUCAUGAAAAGUCCCAGAAACAUUUUCUCCAAAACCACAGAAGCAGAGGGUAGCGAUGCUACUCUGAUGGCAACAGACGAAGGUGCCGUAAAUUCUGCCAUCGUGCCGAAGAGAAGGGGAAGGAAGAGGAAAUGGCCGAGCCCUACGUCAGGCAGUGAAGACACUGCUCAAAGUUCGAGUGGGUCAAAUACAGUGUCGUCAGGUUCUAAAAGCAGCCGCUGUGAUAAUAUGUGUCCACUGUGUUGUCGUAUGUUUACACGCUCCUGGCUACUGAAGGGUCACAUGCGUACUCACACAGGGGAAAGGCCUUACCUCUGCUCCCACCCAUCCUGUGGCAAGGCAUUUGCUGACAGAUCUAACCUACGCUCUCACAUGCUGAUACACUCUGUGGCCACACGCAGCUACCCCUGCCCCAAGUGUGGGAGAACGUUUUCUCAGAAACGAUACCUCCACAAACACAGCAUUGAAGUCUGCAGAAUAACUUCUGAGAAACAGUAGCUUGAAUAUGGGAACAAACAAUUUUCAU